UUACUAGAGAUAUCAAGUGUGUUACAGAGAAUAGAAACUUCAAAAUUAGUGCAAGCUAUUGGGUAGAAAAAAAAAAUGCAGUUCUUCAGGAGACUCACAAUUAGGAAGAAACAAUCAUCAUCCGAAGAAUGGCGGAAGAAGGAGCAUGAUUAUUAUUUACAGAAUGGAAGUGCAGUGCUAGAGGAGCUUCUUGCUUUAUGCAACGGAAAUUGCCGAAUUCCCAUCCGUUACUUCACUGCCACUGAGAUCCACAAUGCAAUUAGGCACUCUAAAAACAAAUUGGAGAUUUUCGAUGGACGUAUGGUUGCAGGAUCGAUGGACAAACGCCUCGUUUUCGUUAGGUUUUUCCCUCAUUAUUUUAGGAAUUUCUUCAAUAUUUUUCGAGAUAUAGCAAUUACUGCUCAGAUGAGCCAUCUCAAGAAUGUGCUGAGACUUGUCGGUUGCUGUGUGGAAUUGGAAAAACCAGUUAUGGUGUAUGAAUAUGUUGAGGCUAUAAGUCUUCACACUUUACUUUUCGAAAAGGGCAAUCAUGAUGAUCAAACCAGAAAAUCAUUAUUAUCAUGGGGAAAUAGAUUACGGAUUGCCAAUGAUGUUGCUUCUGCAAUCGUCUUUCUCCAUACAGAAUUUACAACGCCUAUCAUCUACAAAGAUCUGAAGCCAUCGAAUGUGAUUAUAGAUCAGAAUAGUGGUGUUGCCAAACUACUAAACUUCUCAUUAUCCGUAUCAUUGCCUCCAGGAGAAUUGCAAGUAGUAAAAGAUGUUACUUGCGGAACAUAUGGAUAUUUAGCUCCAGAAUAUGCGGUCUCAGGUAUUGUUACUCAAAAUACAGACGUCUAUAGCUUCGGAGUUGUUCUACUUCAGCUAUUAACUGGGAAGAAUAUGGGCACUCUAAAUAUAAAGGAUCGCAACUAUAUAAUGUAUGAUGUAGAUUCAGAUCUUGAGACGAUAGAAAUUGAAAAGAUACAUGUAAUGGACAUAGCAGAUACAACCAUUUUGGAAGAGCAUGGGAUUGAGAUUCAACAACAACUGGAAGAUUGCUGGGAUCUUGUUAAGAAAUGCACAAAGUCAAAAGGAGAAGAGAGACCAUACAUGAUUGAAGUUGCAAAGGAAUUACGCCGAAUUCACAACUGUUUUCGUGCCCUCACUCUUGGCCAGAAUUAGUUACAUAAGUAAUCAUUAAGCUCAACUCUAUUUGUAUAA